AUGUUAAAGACACGAGCUCUGUUGGUUAUAGGCAGGAUGUUCUCUUAUGGACAUGCAUCUCAACCAUCGGCACCACCAUCGUCAUAUUUCUCUAGUCCAAGCGACGUGCCUCAGACCUUUGGCGGAUAUAAUAACAAUAGCAAUAACAAUAACAGCAGCAGCAGCAGCAACAGCAACAACAACAACAACAACAACAGCAACAAUAGCAACAACAGUAGCAAUAGUAACAACGGAUAUCGACAACAACUUCCGCAACAACAACUCUCACCUUAUUACCUACAUUCAACAACAAACUCUACACCCUUUCAAUCGAGUUCGUCUUCACAAUCUCAAACACACGAAGGGUCAUUACGAGAAAUAACGGGACUUCUAGCCAUGUUUGCUCUAGCUUACAUAGCUAUUGACAAUUACACAGAACGAAUGAAACUAGAAAAACUUCAUUCAGAUACAACAGCAAUCAAUUUAAAAGCGUUGCAAGUGCAGCAAUUAAAUUAUCAAAAAGAGCGCAAAAAGAGAGAUUUGGCUAUUUUACAAGAGCGAAGAGAGUUGGCGAAACGUAGUUUCAAGAUGGGAUUGCAUAUAGCCAUGUUGAGGAAACAAUUGAUCGAUGCAGGAUUAGAUCCUGUGAGUAUGGAUCAGGCCGUGGCAGAGUUUGAAAAAAGUGUUAAGGCCGAUAACUCUAUAAAGAAUGUUACUGGACAAUAUCUUUGGCUAGAUGACAAGUCAGAUUAUAAACAGCACUUACCAGAUUCAGUGGAAUAUGAUAAAGCAAGGAAACUGGAUUGA